AUGCACCACUGCAACUCUUCCAACCCUGUGCCACUGAAACCCUUCUCCAAUCAGAGCCUGGCGGAGAAGGAGGUUGCCAAGGAAUUGAUCAUACUGGAGAAUGCCACCUCUGACGGCCCAAGCCCCAGUGGCCCGAUCGCUGCUGGACUCUCUAUGACCCUGGGUAUCCUCUCCAACAUAGUGGCGUUGAUCAUUCUGGUGAACGCAUACGCGCACCUUCGCCGGCGCUCCAAGGCCACCUUUCUCCUGUUUGCCAGUUCCCUGGUGAUAACGGACUUUGCAGGACAUGUCAUCCCGGGCUCCUUGGUCUUGAGACUCUACCUCUCAGGAGGGGUAAAAGACUUCCACUCAACCGACCCACUGUGCCAGUUCCUUGGGGGCAGCAUGGUGUUCUUCGGCCUGUGUCCUCUCUUCCUCGGCUCUGCCAUGGCUGCUGAGAGGUGUCUGGGCGUCACGAGACCGCUACUUCACGCGUCUCUGGUCACCACCAGACGGACAAAACUCUCCCUUUCCUUCAUCUGGCUGGCUGCACUGUGCGUGGCUUUACUACCAUGUUUCCAGCUGGGUUCCUACACCUACCAGUACCCAGGGACCUGGUGUUUCAUAAAGGUGCUGGAACAGACAGAUGAGGCAGAUGUUGCCUUUGUUAUGCUAUUCUCUGGCCUGGGGCUGGCCUCCCUGGCCAUUGCCCUGGUGUGUAAUACCAUUAGUGGGGUGACGCUGGUGCUAGCUCGGAUGCGCAGGAAGCCCUGCAAUCGUCGGUUGGCCAAAUCCCACGACAUUGAGAUGGUGGUGCAGCUUGUGGGCAUUAUGGUGACCUCUUGCAUUUGCUGGAGCCCUCUGCUGAUUUUUGGCCUAAUUACGGUAACUCACUCCUACAAGUGCCGUAUUGGGGAUGACCUGGCUACCUAUAAGACCCUGAUGGUAAUGGGUGUACGCUUAGCUUCCUGGAACCAAAUUCUGGACCCUUGGGUUUACAUCCUGCUCCGCCGUGCCGUCCUCAGGAAGAUCUACCUCAUCACCAAGCGUGAGGUCGACCUGAAGGGCAGCACAUUACGUCGCUGGGAGGUAAACUCGUUCCCCAGCUCAGAGAAGAAUGCUGUUAACAGAGUCUGA